AUGCGAUCGCGAAAAUCCGAUGGACGUAAAAAGAUCGUCAGUUCCGAGAAACGGCGACUCGUCGAGGAACUGCAUGCGAGAAGAACUUUUCCACGAAGACGCGUCAUAGUCCGCGGGUACGAUGACCUGUGGCAAGCUUACAUAGUGGAGAUGCGUCCGUACUCACGUUUCAACAAAGGCUACAAUUAUAUACACACAAUUAUAGACGUGUUGAGCAAGUAUGCAUGGGCCGUACCGCUCAAGAGUAAAUGCGGGAGCGAGACAGCCGAUGCGUUUGCAAAGCUAUUUCGAAAGGAUGGAAGGUGUCCAAACAAUUUGCAUCCUGACAGAGGAAAGGAAUUCUACAAUGCUGACGUGCAGCGGCUCCUAAUGAAACAUGAUAUCAAUCACUAUUCUACGUAUUCACCCAUGAAAGCCUCGGUCGUGAAACGGUUCACUCGUACACUAAAGAACGACAUGUGA